GGGAGUGGCAGCAGGCAGAGAGAGAGAGAGAGAGAGAGAGAGAUACCUGAGCAGGCAGGAGAUGCAGCUGGGAGGCACUACUGUCUGAAUCAAAGAGCAUGCCAGGACUGGACUUUUGGCAGCACCUUGCCCUUGGGCAGCAGGCAAAGAAGGAAGAGGAGAAGAGGGAGAAGGCAGCUGGCAGGAAGGCACUCCCAUCCCCAGCAGCCUAAGGAGGAGGAAGAGGAGGAGGAGGGAAAGGGGUGUGUGCGCCUGCCAGGGAGAAGAGGGCAGCUGUGCCAAAGAGGAAGCAGCCCAUGCCACCCUCUUGCUGCCCAGUGUCCUGCUCUUGAAGCCCCUCUCGCCUCCUUUUCUCCCCUGCAGCUUUGGAAGGAGAAGGACCGGGCAGGUUUUUUUCAAGUUUGUUGCAAAUUCCUGUGAAAUGAAAAGAGUAAAACAGAUCUGAGAGUGUCAUUUGAUCAAGUGCUAGAAACAGAAGAAACUGACAUCACUGGCUUUGCUCUUGAGGACGUCUUUUAAACUGAAGAACAGAAAAACCACAAGGCACAUUUCAGUCUCUUUGGACUCCCUGUUUACAAAAGAAAGAUGGAGAUGUCAUUAAACACAAAAGGGAUCACUGUAUGCAUGCUUCUCUUUGUAUUAAGUUUGGCCGGAUCCAUUGAAAUCCCGCUUUCUGUACAGCAGCUCCCAACAAUCACAGCUCAAUCGACUGAUCAAGUGGCAUUCCCUUUUGAUGAAGAGUUUACAAUCAAAUGUGAAGCUAAAGGGAACCCACAUCCAACAUUUAAAUGGACAAAAGAUGGGAAACCAUUUGAUCUACAACAUGACUCAAGGAUAAUUGCAUCAAAUAAUUCAGGAACAUUUGUUGUUAAGAACCGUGGGAACAUAUCCAUUUUCCAAGGAAAAUAUCGCUGCUAUGCUGCCAAUGAGCUGGGAACUUCUAUGUCUGAAGAAAUUGAAGUUGUAGUUCCAGGUAUUCCUAAAUUCCCCAAAGAGAAGAUUGACCCUAUACAAGUGGAGCAUGGUGAUGCAAUGGUCUUACAUUGUAAUCCUCCCAAAGGAAUUCCACCAUUACAUAUUUAUUGGAUGAAUAUUGAUUUGCAACACAUCCCACAAGAUGAAAGGGUCUCCAUGAGCCUUAAGGGAGAUCUUUUCUUUGCAAAUGUGGAUGAGAAUGACAGCCGGAGUGAUUAUUGCUGCUUUGCUGCAUUUCCAAGACUAAGGACUAUUGUACAGAAAAUGCCAAUGACUCUGACAGUUACACGUUCAAAGUAUACUAAUGAUUCCAGUUCAUCUAGUGCUGCUAAGGCAAAUUUAUUCAAGGAAAGGAAACCAAGACUAGUCAUUCCUGAAUCUUCUGGCCACCAUUCAGAAGUGACUGUCAUAAAAGGAAGUGAUCUGUUUUUGGAGUGCAUUGCUGAAGGACUUCCAACACCACAUCUAAACUGGAGAAGGAUUGAUGGAGGCAGAGUUAACAGAGGAAUCACUGAGAAUUAUGGGAAGCUUUUGAAGAUAGAACAAAUCACUGCCGAUGAUGCAGGGGUUUAUGAGUGUAUCGCAAGGAAUGCUUUGGGAGAAACAAAACAUGAAUUCAGUGUUGGUGUUGAAGAGCCACCCACAUGGGUAGUAAAACCAGAAAGUGGAGUUUAUAGUAUUGGUGGAAGUUUUGUACUGUUGUGUCAAGCUAUUGGCUAUCCUGAGCCAACCAUCAAGUGGAAAAAGAAUGGUGUUCAUUUGCCAGAAACAAAAACCAGCAGAGCUGUUUUUACAACAAGGGAGGCCAGUAUCUCUGAUCUGGAGCUGAAGGACACUGCAGUGUACCAGUGUGAGGCUACCAACAAGCAUGGCACCAUCCUUGCCACAGCAAAUAUUGAUGUUCUUGAGAUCCCUCCAGAAAUCUUAACUCCAGAUGAAGAAGAAUAUGUUGUGGUUGUAGGUUAUCCAAGUCGUCUGUACUGUCAGUUUUUUGCAGUACCUCCACCUGAUGUCUCUUGGACUAAAGAUGACAGCAUGAAACGGCUUGAUGCUGAUCAAAAUGGAACCCUGGAGAUCAGAGUAACAAGAAAAGAAGAUGCUGGGUUUUAUACCUGUGUAGUGAAAAAUAUUGCUGGAAGACGUGCUCUCACAGCCACUCUAACUGUCAGAGAUGCUACCAAAAUUUCACUUAUACCCAAGAAUCCACAAGUUUUGAAGUCACACUCAGUAUUGUUAAGAUGCCAUUCAGAAUGUGAUCCACAUUUGAAACACCACUUUGAAAUUUCUUGGAGGAAAGAUGGAGAAGAGCUUGGAAAGAAUGACACUGAGGAUGGAAGAAUAAUUAUGGAGAGGGAUACAUUGUUUAUACAAAAUGUGGAAUUAGAAGAUCAAGGGGUGUACAGCUGUAUAGGCAGUACAUCACUGGACAGUGCAUCUGAUGAUUCCCGCAUAACUGUCAUCCAUGUUCCUGAUGCUCCACAAGAUCUCCACCUCUCAGAAAAGCGGAAUAGGAGUGUUAGGUUGUCAUGGAAUGCUGGAAGCAGUAAUAACAGCCCAGUUAAUGAAUCUAUUGUGGAAUUUGAAGAGAAUCGAUGGGAACCAAGAAAGUGGCGGGAAUUAAUCAGGCUCCCAGGGAACGAUACUGCAGUCAUUUUACCACUGGUCCCCUAUGUAAAUUACCAAUUCCGUGUGAUAUCUGUUAAUGCUGUUGGCAGAAGUCAACCUAGUGAACCAUCAGAACGAUAUGAAACACCUCCAGAUGCUCCAGACAAGAAUCCAGAAAACAUCAGAGUUGAAACAUCUAAACCACAUGAGAUGAAUAUGACUUGGGAGCCAUUAAAGCCCAUGGAGCACAAUGGACCAGGGCUGGAAUACAAAGUGAACUGGAGGCAGCAGGAUGUUGCUGAAUGGGAAGAAGAAACAGUGCAAAAGCAUUUCUUGGUGCUGCAAAACACUCCCACAUUUGUACCUUAUGAUAUCAAAGUUCAAGCAGUGAAUAACUUUGGUUCUGGCCCUGAACCCAAUGUAAUAACUGGCUAUUCAAGUGAAGACCUUCCAGAAGCAGCUCCAUCUGAUGUAAUUGUGCAAGUCAUCAAUGGAACUCUGGCCAAAGCCAUCUGGUCUACAAUUCCAAAGGACAGAGUCCGUGGACACCUCAAAGGCUAUAAGGUCAGCUGGUGGAAAAUACGAAGUCGCUUGGGUGAAAAAAGUCAUCGCCUGGACAAAAGAUCCUUGCUGUUUAAUGCAGAUCGGCAUGAUGGAAUGAUUCCUGGUCUAGACCCAUUCAGUGAAUACCGCUUAACCGUUUCUGCUUAUAACUCCAAAGGGACUGGGCCGGAAAGUCUCACAUAUGAAUUCCAAACCCCAGAGGGAGUGCCUGAAAAGCCACACUUCCUAAAGAUAUUAAACUUUGAUAAAGACUCAGUGACACUGUCAUGGGGACCACCUAAGAAACCAAAUGGCAUUAUCACCGGAUACAUUUUGCAAUACCAGAUGAUUAAUGAAACUGAUAACAUUGGACCCUUGCAUGAAAUCAAUAUUACUAAUCCUUCAACAUUCAGCUUCAGGCUUUCCAAUCUGAGCAUCAGCACUAAAUAUAAGUUCUAUGCAAGGGCCUGUACAAUAGAAGGCUGUGGAAAACCAAUCACAGAAGAAGGAAUAACAAUAGCAGAAGGCAGUAAAGCUGUUGGAAAGAUUUCUGAAGCUGUAAAUCCCACCCCAAAGAUUCAGCCUCUUGAGGUGCUUGAGCCUGGAACUGCAUACACAGUUCGACUAGUGACUAAGAACUGGGUUGAUAAUAAUAGCAUUUCUGCAGAUGUAAUUGAGACAAGGGGGAGAGCUUAUGCUGGAAUUUAUGAAAGAAUAUCGACACAAGGCUGGUUUAUUGGACUGAUGGGUGCAAUUGCUCUGCUUACUUUAUUGUUGCUUACAGUUUGCUUUGUUAAAAGGAACAAAGGAGGCAAAUAUUCAGUGAAAGAAAAAGAAGACUUACAUCCAGAUCCUGAAGGACAAUCCAUAAAAGAUGAAAUCUUUGGCGAAUAUAGUGACAGUGAUGAAAAGCCACUGAAAGGAAGCCUGCGGUCUCUUAACAUGGACAUUAAGGCUGCAGAGAGUGCUGAUAGUUUGGUGGAUUAUGGAGAUGGGGACCACAGAAUGUUCAAUGAAGAUGGUUCCUUUAUUGGCGCUUAUACCGGAUGUAAGGAGAAAGCAUCAGUUGAAAGCAUUGGGAGUUCUACAGCAACUUUUCCUCUCCAUGCAUAAAAUAUUAGCAUGAAUCAUUCAUUUCAAGUCACUGUAUUUAUCUUUACUAGUCAUCAACUAUCAUAUGAAUCAAAAAUAGGCUGCAGAAAAGUUCAAGACCUCAACAUUCAGCCAAUUUAGAAAUAGGGAGCUGACAUAAAAAAGUUGAUUUGUGAAACUUUCUUUCUCGAGACACAGGUGUUGUAAUUUCAUUAAAAUCUGACUCAGAACUUAAAUUUGUAAAACAUAAGGCACUCAGCCUGACUGAAAGUACCACUACUUCAGUGUUAUAUAUAUUUGUAUAUAGGGACCUGAUGUUUUCCAUGUUUCUUACAGCUGCUCCUAUAGAUAUCUGUAGCUGUGACAGCACUCGGACAACUUAGACUAAAACUAUAAGUAAUAUUUUAUCUUCAUUUUGGGUAGUGGGGCAGAAUUUCCUUACUGUAAUCCUAUUAUGAAAGUUUACUACCUGAUGUUGGAUACAUCGAUCAGGAUCCAACAGAAUUGUUCUGCUGACAGAACUGUUUCCCUCAGCAGACUAUUUUCUCUCCAGUUCUUCCCUCAGUGCCCUCAAAAUGUUUUGCACUCCCCAGCACAAGUUUCUAGGUAGUAUGGAAGUUUACUUAGACAGAGUGGGUUAAAAAAGUCCUUUUGUCCUGUCAGUUGGCCACUAGUCCAACACUGGAUUCCAGCCAUAGGAAUAUGCUACCAUGACUGUUCCUAUGUUGGCCAAUAGUUUUGUGACUGUUAUCCAAUGAAAUCUUUUGUAGUCAUUCUUCCUGUACACCAGAGUGGGUAAAGUGCAGCCUGUAGACCAUAUGUGUCCCCCAUGGCUGCUAUUGUGCCCCCCCCCCCCCAGAGAAAAAGAAAAUGUCAAAAUAAGUGGGGUUUUUUAAUGCCUUUCAGGGGAUGCACAAGGCAUUUUUGCCACUCCCCCCUACAAGCCUCUCCUUGUCCUAAAUGGCCCAGGGGACCUGAAACAUGGCAAAAAUGCCCCGAUGCCCCUUAGAAGUCAUUUGGCAGGAAUAAAACAUUUUCCCCCUGGGGGUUUGCAGUGGAAGGUGUAGUGCACCAUGGUUUCCUGAAGGGCUAAUGGUAUCCCAUAGCCAUCCACCAUUGCCUCUCUCUGUUGUAUACCGACUCUGCUUUCUAGUUUCAUGCUUAGCUUUUAGUACAGAAUGUCUUGCAAAUGGUGGCAAUUGUUAGUGUUCUGACAAGGACCCACAAGGGUCCCCCACUAGUGGGAAGCCGGACAGAAACAGCAUGAAGUGCAAUGCAUUCUAGUAAAUGCACUAUGUUCUAAAAAUGUAUUUGGCACACUGUGGCUCACAGAACUGGGCUUUAAAAAAUAAGGUCUCCUUUCUUGUAUGUCUUUGUUCUUCUGUAUAUACAUUUCAAACCACAAUCCCUAAUAAUAUAAUGUUUUCUCAGAAUUACAGAAAUCAGAUUCCCAACUGUGAAAGCAGCAACAGUUGCUUAACAUGAUGUAUAAAAAAAAUUAUGUAGUAAAUUUAUGGAGGGGACCCACUAUGGAAAAGCAACCUAUUCCCUAUUGUAUGUUAUUUAAUGUUCUCAAUGAACCAUCUUGGUUGAUUUUAAAAUUUGUAUUCUGUUUUGAUGGCAGUUGUUUAGAAAUGUAGCAUGAUCUAUCUGCCAAUAAUGUGGUCACAAACCGGCUGCAUCUUUUCUCUCUUUUGUCCACUAGCUGUCACUCUUUCUUUAUGCAAUUGGCUGAAUUAAUUUUCUUCCUGUUGCUGCAAGCAUACAGCUUAUAUAGAGUUCUCAUCAGUAAAAACAGAAAUAGAUCUCUCCCCUCCCGUCCCAAGGAAAAGUGGGCUCUUUUUAAGCAACGUGCUGCUUUUUAAAACAAAUUGUCUUUUAUCAAUGCCCUAUCUGUAUAUUGGUACACCCAUAUUCCUUUUGUGAAUUUUUAUACAUAUCAUGUUUAUAUAGAUUUUUUUCAGAUGAGCUGUACACAUUGGUAGCACAGAGCUUUGUUUUUUUUCUUAACCAUACGAAUUUAUAUGUAAAACAUUAACUUUCUAUAUUAAACAUCUCGAACCUUCCCCCUAUUAGUUUUUAAAAACAAACAAACAGACCAACCUCCACCCACACCCCAAAUAUCCAAGCAUUACUAUUUUGAAAUUCUUUUGAGUCUCAACUUAGGUUCUGCUUAAUCUAAGCACGUCAUUACUGAAAAGGCUUUCUAUAGGUGGCUUUUCAGUCUCAGCAUAAUUCUGUUUUUGGUAUGCCAAACAACUGUUUCUAGAAGCUACGUGUUAUCCAUUGAGUGAUGCACAAAGGUAAUCAUGUUAAUUGCAGUGAUAUUGGAGACUGUUGCAUGAAGAAAAAUCCUGGGGUGAUAUACCUCAGUAUUUUAUGUGAACACAUUUUUAAUUUGCUACUCAGACUUAUUUUAUUAUUUGGUAGGCACUGACAUAUAUCAAUAAAUCUAGCAUAUGCAUUCUUAUUCUGAGCAUGUACAAAUAAAUCUUAAUAUCACUCUUCUUCUCUUUUAAUGUGAUUUUGAAUAUAGUUCAGCCAAAUUAUAAUCUGGGCUAGGCCCAGUCAUUUCAGCUAGGAUUUGGACCCUAGGACCCCUGCCUCAACUGUCAGAGAAUCAAUGACUCAAUAGAAUUUAGAUGUAUGAACUUACUUUCAGUGGCUCUACUCCAUUCAGGAUUAACAACUGUAUUUAAGUCUAGAUGUCUUCAAAGGUCACUGCAAAAAGGUUCCCUUGUCAUUACGUAGCUGUCCCAGUUACUUCAAAGACACUGUCAGUGCAUUUUGGCUAGGGUUUAUUAAGGGAAUAAUUUUGGUUUUCAAACUCAUUUCCUGGUAGAGAAUGGAGAAGUAUUCUUCAUCUCAGCAGUGCUAAUGUGCAAAACUGUUAACAUUUUAACUAGAUGCAACAGUUCAUAUUUUCCUUGUGUAUGUGCAACAUCUGAGCCAGAAAAACCUGUGCCUUCUGUAAAGGAGCUAAAAAACUUACUGGAUACAAAUCACAGACUGUAAAAGCCACCAACCAAUUUCCAUUUGUAAGAAUAUAUGAAAUAUGGGAAACUAACUAGCUUUUUAGUCACACUUCAAAAGGUACAAGAUACCUAAGUGUUAAAACAAGGUGAUUGGGUGCAAGAUAUUUCAUGUGUUUUUAUAACUGGCACUUAUAUUUUACAGAUGGGAGGGUGACUUUUCUAAGCAGGUUAAAAAAAACCUGACAGGGGAGACAGCAACUCUUCUUUGAUUCAGUGCUAUCCCCACCUUUGCAUAGGAUCCACUGCCAGUCCUACAGUCUUUCAUCUGUCUUCAGCAUUUAAAGAGUGAUGGGAGCAGGGGAAGGCCAUCUCAAGUGCCAUUGCUUUGACAGAAAGGUUGGAUAUAAAUUUUACAAGCAAAGAGGAAGAGCCUUUGCUUAUUACCUUACUCCUUCUGAAGAGUGGUACAGUUUCGACUCAAAGAGAAAGGGUACCUGAAUAAGUAAUAUUGACAGUGGAGGACAGCUUGCUCAUGGGCUUCACAAAACCUAGAACCAACAGUGUCUUUCUGUUAACAGGUUUUGUGCACACAAGUGCCACAGCCUGCCACACAUUUUCCCACAGUAGCAUUUCACCAAGUAGGCAAGUGUUGUUGUUGCUGUUUAUUUUAAUGGAAUUAUUGUUCUAUUUAGGGAUUUGAUUUCUUUAAGCCAUAUUGUAAAUGUUCAUAAUCAUGUUUCCCUUGAUGUUUCCCAAGUUUCUAGCCCACUAGCUUCCCUGACAUGUUUUUACUGAAGGAAAGAACAAACAUGCAUGCUGUGGCUACAACUUAGAGCUGAUAGCAGUCUAGGAGCAUUGUCAUCGGGUAAUAAGUUGUUUAUCUAAUUCAUGUCUACAUUAAUAAAAGCUUGGAAAUUGUAAUUUUGUAACCUCUGGAGACUUGUAACCUCUGGUGGAGUGUAAACCACCACUAGUUUACAUCCUAGAUUCAAACCAAGACACAAUAAAGUAUACCUAGAGUAAAUCCUUUUUUAAAAGAACAUAAACCUAUAUAUAUAUGUUGGGACAUGCAAACAUGACCUUGACCAUCACAUUAAAAAAUGGCAGUAUCGAUCAGCCUAAAAAUGAUAUUUGAUAGUAUGAUAAGAUCUUAUGUUUUAGUUCUCACCUGAGUGCUUUUCCCUUUUACAGUCUGAACCUUAACAUGAUAUAUAAAGCUUACCAAAAACAAAAACAAACAAAAAAAAACCUGCAAUGCAGAGUUUAAAAUCUGCAUUGAUGUGUUAAAUCCAUGUUAAUGGAAUAUUAAUGAAAAGUAUGGAGUUUUGUUUUUUUUAAAGAGGCUGGCAUUGCCUUUGAUUCAUAGGUGGUAUGCUAACAUGUCUGAAAACAAUGUGUAAUGUCUGAACAGACUUCUACAAGAAAUGUUCAAACCACAAAACUAGAAAAUGGCAUGAAUAUUCUGUUUAUCCAUUAACUGUGAAGUUAUAGUGACAGCAGUAUUGUAAUAA